CCGCUGACAAGGCUUACGUUCUCUGUCGCACUCGCUCACUCUCUGUCCGUCUGUUGCUCGGAGAGCUAUCGAAGAACCGGAAGUCGCUCGAGCUUACCUAGAGGAAAUCAACAGUUAUCCGGAAACCAUCCCGCUGCGAUAAUAUUUUCUAAUAUCAGGAUGAGGUGCAACAAAGGAAUACUCGCCCUGGUCUGCCUGACUUCGGUCGUCCUGAUGUCCGGAGAGGCUGCCGCCCUUCCCCCGGCGCAGUGUAGUCCCGGUUUUCUCGACGAAGUCCCACCGAGGAUUCGCAAGGUCUGCGCGGCCCUCUCGACCAUCUACGAGCUGGGCUCCGCCAUGGAAACCUACCUCGACGAGAAGACUUACAACUCCGGCCCGGUCAUCCACGGAAACGUCCCCCUGCCUGACAGCGGAGUGAAACGUCAGGACGUCGACCACGUCUUCCUGCGUUUCGGAAGGCGACGCUAGGCGUCGGGAAGCCGCUGACCGCGCUUAUUCGUAAGACGGAAGACGACGCCCGCAGCAAAUCUCCCGACCCUCUAUUUCCGGCAGAAAAUUUUUCAAACAAAUUUCAACAAUUCACAAUUAUUGUUCACAUCGUAAUUUCUUGGUCACGACGCGUUUCAAUGGUCGAUAAUGAUACUUACUUUGUUGUUAACUUUUAAGUCCAAUAACACCGCCAUCGUUAGCCGAUCGUUCAACGAAUGUGUUUAAGAGAGAAAUAACGUCAAUUAUCGAAGUCUAAGGCUGAUGGUUGAAGCAACGCGAUGUAAGAGCAAAUUCGUUGACGAAUCUUUAAUCAUGACCCAGAAUGAUGAUUUCAUUUCUAUUUAUAUCUGGAACAUCACGCUGUAGGUAUCCGUUAUUUACGGCAGAACGAAAUAUAGAAUAAUUGUUUAAUUGGUGCACAGCGAGAGCUGACGUACCUCGUUAUUUCCGUUUACUCUUGAAGAUUCGCGUCGUGACGAUAUCCUAGUCAGUAUUUACAUUUAAUUACGCUCGCUAAACGAGCUAAUAAAUCUGUCAAAUACCUACGUAAAAACAUCGUAUCGUAUUCGAAAGUUCGUAUUGUUAUUUGCACCAACCACCUCGACACACGUACGUUACCUAUUUUACAUAUACAAUUAACAAAUCAACCGCAGUAUUAUUAUACAUUAUUAUACAAAUAAAUAUAUUAUAUAUACAUACAUAUAUAUAUUGUAUAUAUAUAUAUGUAUUAAAGCUAUUUGACGUUUAAAUAAAAACCAGAAUCAAUC